GCCUCCCCCCAAACCGGCCAAUUCCUCCGCCCGCGGCCCUGCAAACCAACAGAAACCACCGUCUCACGACUCCUCGACCUCCCCAAACGAGUCAAUCCCAUUCACCAUGGUCCACCGCAUCGCAUUCUGGAGCUGCUUCGGCCUGGCCGUGCGCUUCUGGCAGGUCGGCAUUGAGAUGCGGCCCUUCUUCAACAAGUCGUCGCUGUGGGCGUACCCCGUGUAUGCGGCGGGCGGCGCGAGCUUCGGAUACUGGCUGCAGGGCGUCGACGAUAAGCAGACUGCAAUGCUGAACGAGCGGAAGAGGGCGCUGCUGGAGAAGAGGGCGAGGAAGGCCCAGCGGGAUGCGGAGAGGCAGGAGGCUUAGGUUUGAGGUUUUGACGGGGAGAGAAAUGGUGAUGUAAAAAGAAUGGGAGGGUAGAAUUUAUCCGGAUUUGUACAUAUAGAUGGGACUUCGAGAGAGAGAAGGGGAUGAUGAGCUCUUUGGCUGGGAUGAGAUGUGAGCUAUGGGAAUCAUCAAUGGCCGUACGAAACCAGCCACGAGGGCUCAAUGAAAAUGAUCAAAAACUUCAG